AUGGAGGAAAUCCUCCGCUACUGCAACCCCACACUUCCCACACACAACUGGAGGGUGGCGAAGGUGGAGAAGACUGAGGGAUCCUAUCGGCAAGCGCUGAUUCUGCUGAAUGCAGAGUCCCUCAGUCCUCUCGCUGAAGCAAAAGGGGUCAUUAACUAUGGCUUCGAGAAGGUAGUCCUUAAAGUCUACCAAACCGAUGCCAGAGGAGAUGCCCCUGCACAUCCGGACGUGCUGGGAGACGUAAUGCCCACAGUGGAGGAAGCUCCUGUGGACAUGGAAGUGGAAUCCGCCAUGUCGGAGGGUGACAAUGCUGAUGACGUUCGCUCUUUACCGGGCAAUGAAGACAUUGUAACGGUGAGCCUGGAGGGCCCUCCUGGGAAACUAUGGCUGAUGUCAGUCUACAUGGCACAUGACGACGAGGUGGAACCACCUCCGGUGCUGCUAAGGAAAACCCUAGCUGAAGCAAAACGCAGGAAAAUCGGCGUUAUUAUAGGCACUGACGCGAACUCCCAUCACACCUGCUGGGGAAGUUCAGACAUCAAUGCAAGAGAAUAUAUGGGUAAAAGCCCCACCGAUGGUAUGCUAAUUUUCCCGAAGCCAAUACGUAAAAAGGUGAAUAAAGAAGCAUCUUUUCCACCACUAUCAGACGUGACUCAAAAUCAUAAUUGCAAUGAUCCAAAAUUCAUUAUAAUUAAAUCUGCCGAUGUGUCACACUCCUUACCAAAAUACAGCGUGUUUGCUAAAAAGAAGGCUAUUGAUGGCAUUAGUACCGAAUACUUAUCAGCGGUCGGUCUAAACGAUUAUCUAAAUGAUCCAGUGCUAUUAAACGAGCUGGUAGCUAAACUACCAUGUAACCAAAGGUUGAGUUGGGGCCAGCAAUGUAUGUCCCUGAGACGCGCUGACAUUGCUGCAUUCGAUAAUUGGCUUUUCGGUCUAGCCAUGUGCGCUAGCCAGGUCACUUCCAUCCAGACAUCGGCGAUAGCAUCGUGUAAUAGCAACGUCGAAGCAAAAAAGGGAAAUCGCGAAUCACUAAAGGGCAAAAUAAUGAUUCACGAUGUGGUUGCGAAAAAUAACGAGCAGAGUGAAAAGUCGAUGAAUUGCCUGAAAUGCGGUGCGAGCCAUACGCUGUCCGAUUGCUAUGAGUUUCGUGCCCUAUCGCAAAGUGACAGAUGGAAAUUUGUGCGUGGUGUAGAUGAUUGUAGAAUGGCUCUCCAUCCACUGCUUCACAAUGGAACUUCGUUGGCGAUUGGAAAACGACAACAAGCAACACUAUACCACGAGUUGGGCACAGCUGCUGAUAAAGAAACGCAAAGGGCGCUUUUCAGGUAUGUGGAGGUUAUUUUACAUAGUGGUACCAAAGCAAUACGUACAUUCGCCCUUAUCGACGAAGGAGCCUCCUGUACGCUAAUUGAGUCUCAAUUGGCGAACGAGCUUGAUUUAGAUGGGCCAGUUGAAUCGUUAUGCUUGCGUUGGACGCGCGAAAUUACUCAAAAUGAGGCAAAUUCCAAAUUUGUCAAUCUUUACGUUUCACCGAUUACAUUACCCUCUCAAAAAUACAGGCUUCGAAACGUUCGAACCGUUGCUAAUCUACUACUUCCUCAGCAGUCGCUGUUCAGCUCUACGAUUAGUAAGCACGCACACAUUAAGGGUCUGCCGAUUCGACCCUAUAAUAAAGCAAGAGCGCGAAUUUUGAUAGGUUUGGACAACGCUAAAAUAGGAAUCCCUAUCGAAAUAAGAGAAGAUAGGGGAUCCGACCUUAUUGCCGCAAAGUGCCGACUAGGAUGGAGUGUAUAUCGGCGCGAUAAAACUAACUGCGCUGAACAACCGAGAAUAUUGCAUACCUGCGAAUGUGAUACAACCAGAGACGAUCGUAUGGACCAGCAACUGAAAACAUAUUUUUCUAUUGAUGCCAUCGGAUCAUAUGCACCAAUUAAGCCGUUGAUAUCUAAAGAUGAUGAACGCGCUCUUCAAAUCAUGGAAAAGACCACGCGCUUUAUCUCCGCUGAAAAGAGAUGGAAAACCGGGUUACUUUGGAAGCACGAAGCUGUCGAGCUUCCCGAUUCGCUGCCUAUGGCAAUCCGGCGACUCUCGUGCUUAGAAAGUAAAAUGAAGCGUGAUUCGUCAAUUCGUCAAUUUCUUAUAAAUAAAAUACAUGAUUAUGAGAAAAAGGGGUACGUUCGUAAGUUGAACAAAAACGAAAUAAAAUAUAGCGCUAGGUCUUGGUAUCUCCCUAUAUUUACUGUUCUCAAUGCCAAUAAAAAGAAAACUCGAUUGGUUUGGGAGGCUGCAGCAAGGGUAAAGGGUGUCGGGCUUAAUGAUAUGUUGCUGAAAGCGCCCGAUCUACUAAAGUCUCUAUUGGGGGUACUGCUCCGAUUUCGCGAACGACGUUUCGCAGUUUGUGGAGAUAUACGCGAAAUGUUCCACCAGAUUAAAAUUAUAAAAGGAGAUCAAGUGGCGCAAAAAUUUCUUUGGCGAAACGAUGGCUCGUCUCGCGACUAUGAUAUCGACGUGAUGAGGGUUAUGACAUUCGGCGCUUCGUGCUCGCCUUCCUUGGCGAACUACAUAAAAAAUCGUAACGCUCACCGAUUUGCUGAUCUUCAUCCCGACGCCGAACGGGCCAUCGUUAGUAACACAUUUGUUGACGAUUGGCUUCAGAGUGCAGACUCUGAAAAUGAAUUGGCUCGUCUAGCAACUAAAGUUCGUUGGGUUCAUCAGGAGGGCGGAUUCCAAAUGAGAAACUGGAAAUCUAAUUCCAAACACGUACUAUUUUCAUUAGAUGCUGACGACGUUCCAGCCGCCAAAUGUUUUGAAGAGCCAGAAGCCGUUAUAGAAAAGGAAGUUUUUAAUGAAAAUACGAUCGUGUCGAAGCGACAAAUUUUGCGCACAAUAAUGACGAUUUUCGAUCCUAAGGGUUUGCUCGGUUUUGUCAUUGUACAGGCAAAAAUUAUUUUACAAGAUGUCUGGCGCUCCGGAAUAGGUUGGGAUGAACCGAUUAAAGAAGAAGAACGUUGCAACUGGUUUCGUUGGGUAAUACGCAUUCCUGCGAUCAACGGCAUAAAAAUUCCCCUUUGCCUUUCACUUGCCAGCGAAAACCAAAAUAAUCAGUUGCACAUUUUUGUAGAUGCAAGCAUAAAAGCCUACGCUGCGGUGGCCUACAUCCGGUCAGAAGUAGGCUCGCAAAUAUCUUGUUCACUUUUGGCUUCGAAAACUCGCGUUGCGCCAUUGAAGCCCAUUUCCAUACCCAGGUUGCAGCUGUUAGCUGCUGUUUUGGGACUUAGUCUGGCAAAUGUUCUUAGCUAUGAACUGUCCAUUACAGUAAAUCGCAGAGUAUUCUGGACAGACUCCAAAAAUGUGUUGUUUUGGCUGCGUUCGAGCACAAGAAAAUACCAUCAAUUCGUGGCGCUGAGAAUCGGAGAGAUCCUCGAGAGUUCUGCUGUUAGGGAAUGGAGGUGGCUGCCAUCUGGUGAGAAUAUUGCGGACGAAGGCACUAAAUGGAGCAGCAACCGAGAAUUCGACGACAACCAACGCUGGUUCUGUGGACCUAAAUUCCUACUAGAACGAGAAUCAAGCUGGCCAAUUAUACAAUUUCCAGAUGAUGGCGAAGAGACAGUUGAGGUUCUACAGCAUAUAGAUUUCGCUAACAACUCAUUGGGUACGACCGCAGAAAUAACCCCGGAUGUAAAAAGAUUUACUACAUGGGAGAAGCUUCGCAGUGCGCAUCGAUUUGUUUUACGUUUUCUACGAUUAGUUACGAAGGGAAAGCCACGUUCUCAGUUUCUUCAAAAGCUACUCAACCCAGACAACAUAGAGACAGCAGAGCUUGCAAUUAUGCUUAAUUGUCAAAGCGAGAUGUUCCAUGAAGAGAUUUGUCGUCUGCGUAAUGGUGAGGAAAUUAAUCGAAAAUCUUUUCUUUUCAAGUUCUCCCCAUACUUAGACCAGAUUGGCCUGCUGCGAGUAAAAGGUAGAAUUGAUGUUGCUGAGGCUGUUGCCAUUAAUGUCAAGCGUCCAAUAAUCCUGCCACGCAAGCACGACGUCGACUUUUAUCACAGGAAAUUUCACCACCAUCACAACGAGAUCGUCGUCAACGAGAUGAGGCAAAGGUUCUGCAUCUCCGCCUUAAGAAGGCUGGUAAAAGAAUGUGCUGCAAAAUGUCAAACCUGCCGGAACCGUAGGGCUUCUCCACAACCUCCUCAAAUGGGAGAUCUGCCAAUGGAACGUGUGUCACCUUUUACCAGGCCAUUCACCUUUACAGGGGUUGACUAUUUCGGACCAAUGGACGUUGUAAUUGGCCGCAGGCGUGAAAAGCGGUGGGGUGCUUUAUUCACAUGCCUUACCACCCGCGCAGUUCACAUUGAAAUCUCACCUACUUUAUCGACCGAGUCGUUUUUGCUGAUUUUUAAACAAUUUGUGAGUCGCCGUGGAGUACCGAAGCGAAUUAUAUCGGACAACGGCACCAAUUUUCGCGGUGCUAGUGUACUUCUAGUAAAAGAAAUUGAAAGAAUAUCGUCGGAUGAUAUAGAAGGAAAUACCCUGAAAUUGAAUGGAUUUUUAUUCCCCCCGCUUCCCAACAUAUGGGAGGGUCAUGGGAGCGCAUGA